AUGAGAAAUCUAGCUACACUAAUAUUACAUUCAACUUAUCGAAGAAACUUAGGAAAUAUUUUAUUUAACACAUUUUUAUUUUUCUCAAAUUAUUUAAACUUUGUCUGUUAUCUUUUGAAAGAGAUAAAGCAAAUAUUCAAUAUUAGCAGAUAUAAGGAUUUAUACAAAUUACAUAAUAUUACGAGAUCUAAUUUUAGUGGAUUAAUAAAAGAAAAGAAAAGUUUAAAUCUGCUUAAUAUAGCUAGUUUAAAUGAUUUAGAUUUUUUAAAUAGCUCUAUACAUGAAACAGAAACGGAAAUAAAUGACCGACUCUCCACUGAAAUCGAUGAAAUUGAUGAAUUUGAUGAUGACGAAUAUAAUUUUGAUUUUAUUGACCUUGUCCAACAAAACGAAAUGGAGGAUUAA